GGGACACUGUAUUUCAUCUCAGUGUCGGCUCUCAACGUGACGCAGAUAGCAUACUUGACUUUCUAUGGUGAGAUGGACUAUGUGUCUUGUUUCUUGAUACCACUCCCCUCCCUGUUCCUCUCUCGGUUUCUCCUGAAUCUUCACGCGAGCUCUGAGUCUUGUUGUUCAAGUCUAUUGGCGGGCUUGAAUUCACCGAUGGCCUCCAUUGAAUCACUGGAAUUCACGCAGCACACUGCAGAUGAACAAUGUCGUUUGGACUCUAUAUCAUACUAUGCGAGCGAUCAACCGCUGGGAGGAAAUGGAGGUUACGUAGAGGACCGUGCCCCAAUUGUUGUGGUCGAAGCAUGGGCCUGAUAGUACACACCAGGCGCGCGUUUCAUUUGGGACUUUGCAUUGAAAAAAACGGAUCGUACUCGUAG